CGGUGUGAUGUGUUGUUUGUAACGUGUUGUUGUGAAUUAGCUCCCGUGGACAAUAAAGCCCAUCGUUAAAUAUGCAGUUAAUGUGAAAAGUUAGCAUGCUGAGGCCCAGAAUUGCUGGCUCUUUUGAAUCAACCUGACUUGGCAAGAUGUUUUCAAGUCCGAGACAGUUCUUGGAUGGGUUCAAUCACCCCCAGAGUGAAUCUUCUCUGGAUUCUCCAGGCAGUGUGAUGCUGCAGGCUCUCUAUGACUAUCAGUACAAAUCUGAAGAUGGGAGGCAGGUGACCAUUGAGGAAGGGGAGAUCUUCCACCUUAUGCACAAGGCCAAUGAAGAUUGGUGGCAGGUGAAGCGGUUCGGCCAGCCCAAGCAGAAGAGGCCCAUCUUUGUCCCAGCAUCCUAUGUGGCUGAAGUUACCUAUGAUGAACUACAGCAAAAUGGCUUUCCUGGCAUCCUUUCAGAAAAGGAUGAAGGUCCAGCAUGCUUGGAAAUGUCUCAUUCCCUGGAGGAUAUUUGGGUGCAGCCAUCCCCAUCAUUCCCAUACAGAUUUAUUGUUCUGCCGCACCUGCCAAGAUGA